AGGCCAAGGAAGCCUCCGCCGAAGCAGAGGCCGCCGCUGCACCAGGUGGCCUGGGACGACAGGCACCACCUGGCCCCCGGCGAGAACGAGAUGCUGCCGAAAAAGCUGCGAGCCUACUUCUCCAGGCCCGAGUCGGAGGACGAGCUGAAGGAGGUGCUGGCAGAGAAGGGGGAGCUGCUCCUGCUGAGGCGGCUGGAGCAGGAGGACAAGGCGUCUCCCGCGCCCUCGCCGCUGUCCACGGACGCCGGCCCGGCCCCGUGCCCGGAGAGGCACGUCCGCGGGGGCCACAUGCGCGACAGGGACGGCCAGGUGAAGGCCUGGAACGACCGCUGGCACGCCAGCGCCUCGAACCUCAACGCCGGCGCGCACCCGGCCCACAGGCAGUACUUCUCGAGGGACUCCCCCUUCCAGAGCGCACCGUCCCAGAAAUGGCGCCGCUUCAUGGACCUGAAGGUGAACGAUGGCGACGACCCGGACGCGCGGUGGCAGUCCGACGGCUCCUCGAGGCCUCCCAGGUUCGGCCCCAUGGGCGGGUAGCGCGCGCCAUGUCGCGGCCCUUCUGGCCUGUCUUGCAUGUCCUCUCCCUUCAUCCCUCCCUCUCUCUCUCUCUCUCUCUCCCUAUAACCUCAACUCGAUGGUUCCCCCCCUGCACUGGCCCUGGCUGAUGUUCCCUGCUCACUCUAGCCCAUUUCGCUCGUUGCGGAAAUUGUGCACGGCCCGUACAUGGAACGGGUGCCUGGCCUUCACGUCAAAAUUGAAUGAAUGGCCUGCCCCUGCACGCUUGCCCGUUUCAUCCGGCGCGACCAUUGGCGCCAUGGUUAGUGUAGCCCUCGCAUCCAGGCGCCGCGAACAAAAAGCCACGACGGGCGAAGUUGCUCCGACUCUGGUGCCUGGGAC